AUCAGCUGAGUUUUGUUUACCUUGAAGAAGAGGAGGAAGAAAAGGCCUUGAAGGGGGUCCUGAGAGCCGCCUCACGCCACUCACACGCUCCCUGGCAGCCACGCGGGGCACACCAGGCACUCGGCAACACACAUAAACUAAAAGAAACACAAGAAAAACACAAAACAAACAAUCACCGUGUGGAUAACUGUCCGUGUCACCGCCAUUGCACCCAGUUCGAAACCCAGUAGAUCCCGCCUCUAUAACAACCUCGAGGAUAAAUAAAACGCAAUAUAAACGUUUGGUGCGUGGUUGACUGUCUUCUGUGCCCUUGAAAUUGACCCCAGUUGGAAUCCCGUGAAGGGUCCUACGCUGACCCUGAAGGACGCCACGGGAGAGUCCUUAAGAGUCCUGAGGGUCCUUCGGGAUUCGCCAUGGCCACCUCCCUUCCUUCAGCUCCUUCAGGAUCCGGCACGACAGUCGUUGAUCCUGAACCCAUCACUCUAGGGGCGGAAGAACAGGUGUCCAGUGGGGUGGUGCGCCUGAAGCUCCACAAGCCCCGAGCCAAGAAGGUGAGCUGGACCAACGACACCGUGGAUAAUGAACACAUGGGGAAGAAGAAGUCAAAAUGUUGUUGUGUCUACGUCAAGCCUCAUGAGCUGGAGGUGAGCAGCUCGGACUCGGACGAUGAUGAGUGUGAACAUUGCUACGGCCACGUCGAGAAGAAGAAGAAGAAGAAGAGCGACCAGCCAGCACCCGGUAGCCUUCAGAAUAACGGAGACAUUGGCGGUAGCAGCGAGCAGAAGUGAAGCGACGCAGUUUUCGUGGCUCUAAAUGUGACCAUCUCCCAGUCAUGCCAGCGCUGUUAGUCUGUGGUGGUAAGAGGAGGAACGGAUGAAAGGAAGAACAGAAGGACGGACGGAUGGAUGUACAGUUAAUCACACCACUCCUGGCAGACCGUUUCCUAAUAUUUAACGACCUGAGUUUCUGCGUGUUUUAAAUGUUCUCGUUGUAAGUGCCGAUAUCAUUUGUCUCUGUGUGCGAGCGAGCGAGAGAGAGAGAGAGAGAGAGAGAGUGGCCAAGUGCGUGCAGGUGUGAUGUGAUGUUCUGCUCUCGUUAAGGUAGAGAGAGCACGUGGAUUGUUAUGCUGCGUUCUGGCGUUGUUGUUGCGCUGUGUGAAGAUGGUUUAAGGAUGGGGGAAGGGAAAGGCAAUAGGGAGGGAGGCAGCCUUACUUACUACUACAGAAGGGAAAGAAGGAGAAAUUAUUGACAAGUCUUCGGUUCGUCAUAAAAAUAUCGCAGAAAGGAGACAGAAGAUUGCAGGCAUGUCAAGACAACCUUACUUAAAAACUGAACCGUUGGACUUAAAACAAAUAUUCAGGUUAUCGUAGAAACACUGCUGGAAGGUUGUAGUGAGAAUGUCAUCAAGGGGGAGGGAAACAAGCUUACUUCUUCAACGGAAAAUGAAGAACCUAAACUAUCGGACUAAACAAAUCUUCAGUUCAUCGUAAAAACAUCACAUGGAAGGAUUUUAGCGAGGAAAUGCAUAAUGGCUUGUUGAAAGGGAUGGUGAUGAUGGCUACCGUUUACCGUUUACCGUUGAUGAGGUUUCAGGCCCUGGUCCGCCGUCGUAGCAGCGCUCCACAGGGCCGCCAACAUUAUAACAGUAAUAUUAGCACCGAAAGUUGUCCUCAAUUCUCAUGUUUGUGAAGUUAUUGGGGUGUUUGGUCUUGGCGCCACAACUGUAGGGCCAUGUUGAAAGGGAGAGGAGUCAAACUUAAAAUGCCAAAGGGAAACAAAAAGUGAAAUUAAUGAACUUAUCUCCUCUUAAGUGUAUCGUAAGAAAUGCAUGAGAGUCUGUCAAGAUGGACGGGAGAAAGCCUUACUCACCACAAUAAAAGGGAAAGAAAAACUGAAACCAUUGGGUUAAAACAAAUAAGAAGUUCAUCGUAGGAAUGUUUUGAUGUGAGGAAUGCAUCAAGGUGUGUCGGUACAUGUAUGGCCGACAAACCCAUGUGAUAUAGCGCCUAGGAAGGAGAAUUCAAAACCACACAUACACACAAACCUCUUGGGGGACUUAUGCAGAAAAUGACAGUGUAAAAAUUGUAUUGGAGAAUAUCGGUUUAAAUUCAUGGCCGACAAACUUGUGUGAUAAAAUGUCAAGGAAAGAGUAUUCAAACCCAUAUCUCACACACACACACGCCUGUUGUUUGUCAUGUUUGUCGUGUGUGGGUGCUGUUAUCUCCUGGUGGGUGUGGUGUGAUGGCCGGCCUCCCUGGCGGGUGUGGGCGAGGGAAUAUUAUGUAUCAUAGCGGAGGAUAUUUUUGAUAAAGAGUUUCCAGUUGUUUGUGGCGUUGCCGAGCAGUGAGAGAGUUGUUCCAGGUGAGUGGCUCAGCUAUGCAUGUGUGGGAGAGAGAGAGUGAGUGAGUGGUUCUAUUUAUCAUAAAAUUCUGCGGGCAUUGAAAUAUCAGUAAGGGUGUGGGAGGCAGCUAAAUUGUGUUGUGAGGGUUUGUUUCCAUGAGUGUUUGAUGUCACGAAGACUUGUGUUUCUUACAGCAAGUCUCAAAAAACAGCCUCUUUUUAUUUUCAUCAGUGCAGUGAGUGUUUCAAAGAGAAUCAAACAUGAUACAAGUUAAAAUUACCACUCCAUUGGUGGGAGGGAGGGAGGGAGGGAGGGAAGCCUUGGCUCAUGUGCACUGAGUGAUGGGCAGGGUGAGGGACAUUCCUUGUGUUCCACCCGGACAUGGGGCCGAGCCUUGGCCUGCGUGUACACCAGAUGAGUCAAGUCGUAGAGGCAGAAGCUGCUCAUUCUCAAAAGGCCUCAAGGCCAAGGGUGAGCCUUAUCAGUCUGAUGUGAUACACUGCCCAUAGUUCUUUGUUACUAUGUAUUGGACAACAUAGUGUUGUCUACAGUGUGGCCUCAGGUGCGGGGCUCAGCCGGGUCAGGAAGAAGAUCACCGCUCUGUGUUCUCAGUGAUAAGCGCUGCAAUGCCUCGGUUUGUGUGGUUUGUCUUCAGCCAUUAUUGCCUCAGUUGCCAAAGCUUGAAAUCUUCCAUGAGUGUUGCAGUGGCACAUCAGGCACUCCACUGUCAAGGCAUGUGGCAAAGUUUUGUAAAGACAGGCGCCCAGAGUGUGGGUGUGUGUGAUAGGCCUCAAGCACUCGCUGGGCCUCGCUGUGAGCCGCGUCAGUGUGCCAGUAGCUAGCGCCUCACCAGUUGAACUUUUCCGUAGAGGUUAUGUUUGCUGAUUUGCACGCACCACUCCAUUUAGUAGUCACUUCAGGAUAACAGUCACUAAAACACCUUAGCCUAGAUGUAGGAAGCACUUGAUUACCAUUUUUUCCUCUUAGAAUACAAAAAUUAAACCCUCUCCAAAUUUUCAGCUGCAAUUCAUUUCCAUGUUUUCUUUUUCUCAUUUGCUUACUUCUUUUUCUGAAUAGAGUUGCCAAGUCUCCACCUAGUGUAGAAGGUGAACAGAAGACACCCAGCAAUACCAGUAGAACAAUAGUAAUAAUAAAAACCUUAGUGUGUACCAUUGUGUAAACUGUAAUUACGUAAUGAACUGCACAAAUGAUGGUCGAGAUGGUGACACACACAAGCUUAGGUUAACAAGACAGCUUAGUUUAAUGAGCUGGCUUAGGGUUGUGUCCAUGGAGGUAGGAUUGGUGGAGGCAACAUCAGCCCAAUUAAGUGAAUCCGCCCGAGCUGUCAUUUUUACGGCCAGGUGUCAGGUGUUGUCAGGUGAGCCAUGGCCGUUAGUUCUCACCCCGGGCCAGGUAUCCCCCAUCUUCUAGCCGUAAAGUUGACAGUUCAUCGGCUUCACCUCAAUGAAUGGGAUUAGCAGGCCGUGUUGACUCUACCAAUUCUACCGCCAUGGUUGUGUCUGUACGAGUGGAGGGGGCCAAGGGGACACCCACACAACUCAUGGCUCGGGUAACUUGAUCGAUCCUGCCGGGAGGGGCCUGGGAUGGACAGGACAAUUGCAUGGAGGCUUGCUCGGGGGGACUGUUAGGGGUGAAGGCGGUGAGUGAGUGAAGCGACGGGACCCCUGGUGUAUGCUCCCCAUUAGUUCAGUUAAAUGGAUUGGCUUAGUUUAACGAGUUGGCUUAGUUUAGCAUAUCUUGUCACCUCAUGAAGAGCCGCAUCACUUGAGAGAGGCGCAGGCUUGGCCGUCUCCUGUGCUGGGGUGUGUCUGCCAGUCUGUACGCACCGCCCCAAAUUGUACUCAAACGCAUCAAGGAUAAACCUGCUCUGCUAAAAAGGAAAAGGGAAAAAGUCCUUCAUCGUUUUUUAUUUCUUUGUGUAUAUUAUUUUUUUCAUUUCUCAGUAUUAUUAUUUUUUUUUAGCUUGUCACAAAUUUGUACAUGAUGUUUUCUAUGAAGUGAAGUAAUGCCAAAAUAUAAAUUGCUGUCAUAGUACUUAUCUACAAUGUCAUGUUAUCAGUUAUAGUACUUAUGUUCCACGACUAAUAAUUUUCAUAAUUUAGGUCAGUUUUCUAAAGCAACAUUUUCCUGAUAUAAACACUAAUUGAAACAGUUUGUACAAAUUGGCGAACAUAACCUAUUUGAGACAUGACUGGUGAUGAUGACGACGAUGAAUGUAUGAAACACAGUGUUGGGCAUGGCGAGCGGCGGGUGUUUGUCUCCGAGAUAACUGUGUGUUGCCAAAGUGAGGUCACGAAUGGGUAUGACUGACUGCAUAAUAACAUAAGGUCCAAACACAGCAACACUUGUAUUUUUUAUGUUUAUAUGAAUCGGCAGAGAUAAAAUUGUCUUGAGCAUAACAUUACGAGAAGCACUUGCAAUGCCGGAGUCUGUUUUCACUUCUUGCCGGCGAGAGAUCUCUGAAGACUUCCAUUGUCAGGAGCAGCAGCAGCAUGUUCCCUUGUGGCCAGGGUUGCCAGAUUAUCGUAUUCACCACAUUGUAUUCAUCCUUUUUAAGCCUCAAACUCUCGUACCUACACAAAUGACGAUAGAAAAUUGAAGUUAACGUUAAAACUCCUAUUUAUUGAUGUUUCUAUGUGCUCUUUUGCUAUGGUCAUUGGUCAGAAACUACGACAAUACAAUGCGAUGAGUACGAUAAUUUGGCAACGCUGCUUAUGGCUUUAGUCCUUCCUUUAUGAGUUGUAGAUGGUGUCCCGGCCUAGUGCGUAGUGUGUGCUGUGUGCUGCUUACUGCUACAAGGGUGUGCCCACGUCUGUCUGCACCAUUGCAAUUAGUACUCAUGUCAGGAGAAAAAAGUAGUCACACCUCAACAUCCACAGGGGUUAGGUAACAGACACACCCGUGGAUAUCUGCUUAUAGAUGCUUACAUACUUAUACCAACCACUAGUGUGAUCGCUUCAAGUAUGAGGAGUAUCGAGGAUUGACUACGUGGUUAUAUUUGCUUUGGUAAUGAUUCUGAUACAGUACAGUUCAUAAAACAUCAUUAAUAUCACAUACUACGAUCCUUAGGUCACUUGAUGUAUGAAUCCUGGAACAUGAUCUUAUUAUUUAAACCUCAAGCUCUGAACGUAUAUGUGAUAUGAACGUAUGUAAAGUAUAUGAACGCUUUGCUUCACAAUUGCAUUCCCUAAAAUGUAACCCAAUUGUAAAGCGAGGGAUACCUAUAUAUAGUAAAAGAGAUCAAUAUGGAUUCUUUAGUUCGAGAAGUUGUUUUUAUCUGCUCAAUUUUCUAUCACUUCUUUCCCCGAGUGAGCAGCGUUGCCAGAUUGUCAUCCUCAGCCUAUAACAUUUACCACUUUCCGACCCCAAAACUGUCUCCUCCAUCCCAAUAGCUAGAUUGAUUAAUAGUUACCGUCGAAAUGGUUAAUUACUGAUGUGUUUCUAUUUUUUCGCAUUAGUUGUGGAGCCAGAAACUGAAAAAUACGAUGCUUGGAGUAGGAUAAUCUGACAACGCUGCGAGUGAGUACUAAUUGGGGUGGUGCGUACAGACUGGGCGCGACACCCCCCUCUCCAGCAUUAUUACCAUACACCGCUGUAGUGACGUAGUGGUGUCUGUGUUCUCUAGGCUGCACCGCUGUCCCUGCCUCUUUGCUACCCCCCCGCACCACCACCACCACCACAGUCGCUGCCAGCCAUCAAUUUCGCUAAGUCCCCCCUCGCCUGGUUCCUCACUCUUAAUCCAUGGUACUUGCAAUGUGUUUUUUCUACAGUAAACUCAAAGGAUAAAAUAAGUGCUAAUGUCAUGAAUAAGGAGAUGAUUUCAUGGUGUAUAGUACUCUCGAGAUGGUUCAGACAUGCGUUUCUUUUUACCACCAAGUUCGCUAAGUCCCCCCUCGUCUGGUCCCUCACUCUCGAAGCAGACAAGCUGUGGUCAUGGAUCUAGCUGAGAACUUAAGCCUUUCUUUACAUGAACAGAUUCUCAUAUAACGUUAUCAAUAGGAGGUUAAUCCAUGGUACUUGCGAUGUAUUUUUUCUACAGUAAACUCAAAGGAUAAAAAAUAGGUGAUGAUGUCAUAUAAGAGGUAAUUUCAUGGUGUAUAGUACUCUUGAGAUGGUUCAGACAAGCGUUUCUUUCUACAGUUAAGGAAUCACUUCUAAAAAAAAUUAUGGCUUUUGUACACUUUUACAAUAGACAAAAUCAAGACAUCAUUCAGUUUAAGUAAGUUUCCCAUCAUUAACAGUUUAAGUAAGUUUCCUAUCAUUCACAUAUAAGUAAGUUCCCCCAUCACAAAGACAACAAAAUCUCGCGACAGAUAUUUCAGGAUUUUAAGAUCGCUUCCCCAUAACAAAAUCAAGACAGUGGUUUUAAGUAAAUUUCCCCUUAAAAAAAACACCAAAAAAUCCAACCAACCAAUCAGAAAGGACUAGAAAAGAGGGCGGAGCUAAUGGGGGCUUAACCAAUCAGGGAGGACUUCUGUAAAAGGGGCGGGGCUUAAGAACGCUGGCUGGCUGUAACACUCUUCAAUCCGCUGCUUCCUUGUGAGUGCGUGUGGUUAGUUUACUUUCUGCUCCACGUGUUUGGUGUCCUACUCUUAGUCCUUGCCCUCCGCGUCUCUGUAACAAGGGCAAGGAAAUAAACCGAAGAGCAUAUCAUGUAAAUAAGUCUGUUUGCACCCACUUGUGAUGCAUAGGAAAACAUGUCCCUGCUCCCUAUCCUUCCUGUGUUUCCUCUGUUUCCCUUUCUCUCUCUUUCUCAUAUUUUCUGUUUCUUUUUCUUUCCCUCCCAAUUCUUCCUUUUUUUCCUUCUAUGCCUUUCUCUCUCUCCCUUUUUACCUUUCCUCUUGAUUCUUCCUUCUAUUUAUUCCCUUCUCUCUUUCUUUCUCAUUUUUCCAUUUCUUUUCCUCUCAAUUCUUCCUUUUUUUCCUUCUAUGCCUUUCUCUCUCUUUUUACUUUUCCUCUUGAUUCUUCCUUCUAUUCCCUUUUCUCUCUCUCUCAUAUUUUCCUUUUUUUUUUCCCCUCCUAUUCCCUUCUUUCUCUCUCUCAUCCUUUCCCUUUCCUUUCUUCCUUUUCUCUCAAUUCUCCGUUUACCUCCCUAUCUUCCAAUCCCUCACUCCAUCUACUUCCUCCUAUCUCCUUCUCUCCCUCUUCUUUUCUUUUACCUCCCUACUUUCCUACCCUUUCCUCUCUUCCUUCCCUCUCAAUCCUUCUUCUUCCUCUUAUCUCUCAUCAUUUACAUCACACAUCCUUGGUCCCUCUCCCUUCUUCACAUUUCUCCUUUAUCUUUUUCCUCUCUCCUCCAUUUCUUUCCUCCAAUCACCUCCCUCACACAUCUCUGGUCCCUUUUCUUUCCUUCAUUUUUUCCUCCAAUCUCUUUUUCUAUUCCUCUCUUUUCCUUUCCUCUCAUUCCUUCUUCUUUCUCCUCUUCUCCCAAUUCCGUUCUCUUUUAAAUGCUAUUCUUCUCUUCUUUCCCUUUCUUCCUCUCUUCUCUGAUGUUGAAGGAGGUUGAGUUAAGUGUUAGUUGUCUCGUUAGUUAGUUCGUUUGUUUGUGUUUAUCUUCUCUGUGAUUUAACUAACGUAUUAUUCCGUCGAUUUUGGUGUCGCCAUAACGUGUUUUUUUUCGUUUUUUUUAGGUGUCGUUUCGUCUCGGGGGCGUUUUCUGUACAUAUCCAAUAAUGAUGUGUCAAUGAUUACAACAGAUGCAGUUUUAUGUAAUGUCUGUUUUGAUGCGUGUGUCGUCGCCUUCGUAAGCAAACGGCCAAAGUAAUUUCUCAGUGACUUACAGAUUUUCGGCUCUCAGUUUUCAUCAUGUGUCGCACUUAAGGUACAGUUGUCAUUUUAACCCCUUGACUGCGUAUUUCCUACAAGAAGACAUCGCCAAGCUACAGGAAUGGAACAAAAAUUGGCCGCUACAAUUCAGUGAAGAAAAAUGUAUAGUCCUGCACCUUGGGAGGGAAUAUCCAGCAUGCCAAUACCACAUGGGAAACACUCCACUAUCCACCACAGAGGCAGAGAAAGACCUGGGAGUGUAUGUUACCAGGCUACCAGUGAAGGGAUAUCCAGCAUUCCAAUACCACAUGGGAAACACUCCACUAUCCACCACAGAGGCAGAGAAAGACCUGGGAGUGUAUGUUACCAGGCUACCAGUGAAGGGAUAUCCAGCAUACCAAUACCACAUGGGAAACACUCCACUAUCCACCACAGAGGCAGAGAAAGACCUGGGAGUGUAUGUUACCAGGCUACCAGUGAAGGGAUAUCCAGCAUACCAAUACCACAUGGGAAACACUCCACUAUCCACCACAGAGGCAGAGAAAGACCUGGGAGUGUAUGUUACCAGGCUACCAGUGAAGGGAUAUCCAGCAUUCCUGUAGCUUGGUGAUGUCUUCUUGUAGGAAAUCCACAGUCAAGGGGUUAAAAUUCACCUUCACAUUGCCUGUCUCACAAGAUGACUAGAAUAUUAUUUUUUUCAUAUUCCCCAAAAGUAAAGAAAAAUGACUCAAGCGGUUUAUUUACGCAGGCGAUGGACGUUAUUUCAGUGGCUCUCCCCGAUCCAUUAUUGUAUAUGUUAGUUAUUAUCAUUAUUACUCUUGUUGGCACUAACCUAUGUAACACGACCCCCCCUCCACUCCUCACCCCCCUCGUCCCUUUCGUUCAUUAUCGGUAACUUGUAUAUUUCCCUUCCUCUCGUCUUUGUGUUAACAGUGAAUCAAAACUGAACCAAAUUCUCACAAAACCCAAACUCACUAGCAUUGUUUUCCCCCAUACCAAAGAACUAAUAAAGUGUUCAGACUGAUAAAUAAAUAACAGGAGAAUCGGAAGAUGACGACUUAUUGAAGUAUAAUAAAACUCAGUACUUU